CUGUCCUGGCUCUGUCCUGGCCCUUCCUUGGUCCUUCCCUGCCCUUCCACACCCGGCCUUGCCCUCACCCUGCAUUGGCCCUGCAUUGCCCUGGUACUGCCUUGACCCUGGCCCUACCUUCUCCCUGGCCUUGCCCUGGCCCUACCCUUGCCUGCCCCUGGGCCUACCCUGUCCGUGACAUGGCCCUGGACCUGCCUUGUCAUCCUCUGUUCUGGCCCUGUAUUGACCCCACCAUGCCCUGAUCCAGUGCUUGCCCUGGCCCUGUGCCUAGUCCUGCCCUGCUUUUGGCCAUGCCCUAUGCUACCCUAGCCCUGCCCUGACCUGGUUCUGACCUGGCCUUGGCUCUACCUUGGCCUUCUCCUACCCUGGCCUUGCCCUACCCUGUCUUACCUCACCCUGGCCAUACCCUCACCCUCCCCUGGCCCUGCCCUACCCUGGCCCUGCCCUGCCUUGGCUCUGCCUUUGACCUGCCCUGGUUCUGGUUCUGCCCUCACCCUGGCCUUGCUCCUGUCAUGUCCCUGGCUGUGA